AUGGGUCGAACAGUCAGGCAAAAGCGGAAGAACCGCUCCUCGCGCCCCAAAGUCAGGCAGCCCAACAAGCCCAAGAAGGCACUGAACCCACUAGGGAAUGAUCUGAUUGCGAAGAACUGGAACAAGAAAGAAACCCUGACGCAAAACUACCGCCGCCUCGGUCUCCUUACGCGCCUGCAGGCCCCGGCGGGUGGCGUCGAGCCCGGGCUACGCGGUGCGGCCGGCGACAAGAGCAGUGCGCAUGCGCCCCUGGGCCUAUCGGAGCGCAAGUCGACUGCAAGCAGCGCGGUGCGCGAGGUGCGCGUGAAGCGAGACGCAGACGGGCGCAUCGUGUCGGUCAUCCGGGAGGAGGCCUCGGCGGCGGCCAACCCGCUCGACGACCCGCUCAACGAGCUCGAGACCGAUUCCGACUGGGAAGGGUUCGGGUCCGACGACGAGGAGCCUACCGGGGACCGUGUCGUCGACCAGCUGGAGCGGAUGGCGAGAGUGCCUAGGGUCAAGACGGUCAGGGGGCUGAGCGAGAGGGAGGUUGAGUGGCUGGAGAGGUUGGUGGCCAAGCACGGAGACGACGUCAAGGCCAUGGAGAGAGACCAUCGGUUGAAUCCGAUGCAACAAACCGCGGCGGACAUUUCUAGGCGGUUGAGGAGGUUAAGGGGGGAAUGA